AUGCAGUCUAUUGUUUGUAUUGUUAUCUAUUUAAAGGCUACAACACCAAUCAAGGUGGGGGUGUUUUCAACUGUUGGGUUUAAGAGUUGGCAGAAAAAAAAGGAUCUUGGAAAACAUAUUGGUCUACCGAACAACCCACAUAACCAGUCAAAAAAUAAAUGUCAAGAUUUAUUGCGGGUACAACAGUCUAUUCAUUUUGCACUUGAGAUGCAAUUUAGUCAAUUUAAGCAUGCAUAUGUGGUCCGCUUAAGUGCUUCCGUUGAUGUAGUAAGACUUCUUAUAACUCAAGGAUUGGCAUUUCGAGGUCAUGAUGAAUCUAAAUCAUCACUUAGUAGGGGUAAUUUUCUUCAAAUUCUCUCAUGGUAUGCGAAAAAGUGUGAUAAUAUUCGUGAUUAUGUACUGGAACAUGCUCCUCAAAAUGAUCAAAUGACUUCUCCAAUGAUUCAAAAAAAUAUUGUGAGUGCUUGUAAGAUAGAAACAAUUAAAGCUAUUCUUGAGGAAUUAAAUGGUGACUACUUUUCUUUACUAGUUGAUGAGUCUUUUGAUGUGUCACGCAAGGAGAAAAUGGCUAUUGUCGUACGAUAUAUUGAUAGAAAUGGAUUUGUGAUGGAGCAGCUUCUUGACAUUGUUCAUGUUCAAGAUACUAGUGCUUUAUCUCUAAAGAGGGCAAUUGUUAAUUUACUUGCUCAACAUUCCUUAAGUCUAUCAUAUGUGCGUGGACAAUGUUACGAUGGGGCAAGCAAUAUUCAACGUGAGAUCAAUGGCCUUAAAAUGUUGAUUAGGCAAGAAAGUAGAUCAGCCCAUUCCAUUCAUUGUUUUGCUCAUCAACUUCAACUAACUCUUGUUGCGGUCUCGAAAAAAUGUAUUGAAGUGGGAAAACUUGUAGUGUUGGUUUCAAAUAUUUUGAAUGUAUUGGGAUCUUCUUUUAAGUGUAUGGAUGAAUUUCGAGAUUCUCAAAAAGAAAGAAUUCAAGAGGCAUUAGAUUUGGGUGAGCUUACAACCGGUAGUGGCUUGAAUCAAGAACUUGGUCUUUCAAGAGCUUGUGAUACGCGUUGGGGAUCUCAUUUUAAAUAUUUCAACAAUUUAUUCUUAUGUUUGGCUCUAUUCUUAAUGUUCUUGAAUCACUUGUUCUUUAUGCAUGAUUAUUGGAUGAAAGAGCCAAGGCAAUAG